GAUUUUUCAACAUACACUACCAAAGUCUUUUUUCUGACUUUUUAUAUUGCUUCUUCAGCGAAAGCAGCAACCUUUUCUCUUCUGACCCUCUUCUCUCUCUCUCCUCUACGGUCCAACAAGAACAAUAUCACAGAUUUGUUAGUCAUAUAUAUUUCUCUUUGUAGAUAUAGAAGAAAGAGGAGGAGGAGGCAAAUUGAUUGAUUGAUAGAUAGAGGUGGGAGAUGCAUGUUUGAGAAUUUGAGAUAUGAGUAAUCAGGCAGUCGCAGGUGCUUCUCACACGGGAAAAGGCUCCAGCUUCCUUGACAAAAUCAAGAAUGCUACUUGCCUUAAAUCAUCAACAGCGGAUUCUGGAAAAGGGAGAAGCAAGUCAUCGACUAACAAAGUGGCCCAUGGUUUCCACUUAGUUGAAGGUAAAUCCGGUCAUGAUAUGGAGGACUACCAUGUUGCUGAAUACAAAAGAAAAAUGAAUCACGUGCUUGGAUUAUUUGCCAUCUUUGACGGCCAUCUGGGAGAUCGUGUCCCAAGUUACUUGAGAGAUAACCUUUUCAACAAUAUACUUGAUGAGCCAACCUUCUGGAAGGACCCUGAGACAGCAAUAAGGAAUGCCUACAGCUCCACUGAUAAGUUUAUUUUGGAAAACUCCAUGCAAUUAGGGCCAGGUGGCUCAACUGCAGUAACUGCAAUAGUCAUUGAUGGCAGAGACUUAUGGGUGGCGAACAUUGGUGACUCAAGAGCUGUCGUGUGCGAGAGGGGUUCCGCUAAUCAAAUUACAGUAGACCAUGAGCCGCAUAGUGAACGAAGAAGGAUUGAGAAGCAGGGUGGCUUUGUGACUACUUUACCUGGAGAUGUACCUAGGGUUAAUGGUCAACUUGCGGUUGCACGUGCUUUUGGGGAUCAAAGCCUCAAAGCACAUUUAAGUUCAGAGCCUGAUGUACGACAUGUGCCCAUAGACUCAAACAUUGAGUUUGUUAUAUUGGCAAGUGAUGGAUUGUGGAAGGUUUUGACGAAUCAAGAGGCAGUUGGUUUGGUGAAACCCAUCAAAGAUCCUCAAGCAGCGGCUAAACGUUUGACAACUGAAGCAUUGGCAAGAAACAGCAAAGAUGAUAUAUCAUGCAUUGUGAUCCGUUUUGGAUGAUGCUGCUGAGAAAAAUUGCCUCCCCACUACAACAUCAGAACUUCUGUUGGUUUUGUCCAAAUACGAAGAUGGAAAUAGGAGCACCAUUUAUCAUAUGUUAUGACUUAUGCCAUGGUUUUCUUUGUAGCGAUAAUCGUGUUAGUGCUAGUAGAUAUAAAUGUGUGAUGCAUUUUUUAUGUUACCUGGGAAAGAGAUUUCCUCAUUAAUCAGAAGUUUGCUUGGGUUGAUGUAA